CUAGGACAGGAAUCGCUUGGAAUGACAGACUGGGUUGAGUUGUCGCGACGUCCACUGCACUUCCACUGGGAGCGCGGUGGACGUGGACGAUUCCAUAGUUGUAAGCGGGGAAAGAGCGUUCCAUUGUGUUGAUGAGCAGAAUUGAUUUUUCUUCUUCAGUACGUAGCAACAGAUUCAAUGAAUCCAUGUAAUAGCCACGGGAGAAUACAGAGUGACACACGGAGUUAAUUUAAGUUCCUUUCCUUGGAUCUGAUAAACUCAAGAACCUGAUACCCAAAAGAGCUGAUUGACAUUGUUGAGACUAUUAUCGUGAUUGCAUCACGUGUAUCAGGAAGCCUGUUCCAAUCUACAAGUUCAGGGCACAGAGAAAUUCCUAUGCGCUUCAGUUCUGCUGUGCGGCAAAUCAAGUUGAGAACUAUUUCCAGUGACUGUUCUACGUGGUUGACUGUUCUUAUGGAACCAUGCUUGACAAUAAACUUCGGAUAGCAGAUGUACCCGUAUACAUUUGCUUCAUCAAGAUCAAUCCAGCAACUUCACGAGGCUGUUUCAGGGUAUCCCACCUAAGGAACUGAGAGCCAUUACAUCCUUACUUGGAAUCAAAGUAGACUUGAAUGACCCAGAAUAUGACCAGAUGAAUCCAUUCCUGCUUCUCCGGUUACCCUCAAAUUCUUGUGCCCACAAGAUCAUGGGUCGCACGAUGCUGGGUCGAUUUAUGAUUGAAUUGUGGGGACAUGGAAACUCAUGGUCUGAACUCCAUCAAUCACUACAACUCUACCCCGAUGAGAGAAAGGCACCAUUCAGCCAAAAUGCAGACACAAGUUUUUGCUUCAGGAUGCGGACGGUCGGGAAAAAACUCGGGAUGGAGGAGAAGUUGGCCAUCAUUGAAGACUUGGUAGAUUUCCUGGACUUCAAAGGGAAAGUUGAUCUGAAAAAUCCUCAACAGGUGUUUCAUAUAUAUGCAGACUAUGGUCAAACGCCAAACAAAAUCCCAGAUCAACCCUACAAAAUCUACUUUGGUCGCUUGAUAUCUGAAGGCCAGCGCCAGUUGGAACAGCUGUACUCAGUCAAAAAGCGUCACUUCAUUGGAAACACCAGCAUGGAUGCUACCCUCUCCCUUCUCAUGGCCAACCAGGCUCAGGUCAGGCCGGGGAUGGUGACCUUUGACCCUUUUGUGGGAACGGGGAGUCUCCUGGUAGCUGCUGCCCACUUUGGCAGCUAUGUGCUGGGCGGAGACAUCAAUAUCAACAUUAUCCAUGGUCGUGGCAAGACCAGCCGGAAAGGUGUUGGACAGUACAGAGGGAAGGAUGAGAAUAUUCGAGCUAACUUGAGACAAUAUGGCUUAGAGCAUCUUUACUUGGAUGUCCUUGUUUCUGACUUCUCCUGCCAAGUUUGGAGGGUACAGCCACUCUUUGAUGCCAUCAUCACUGAUCCUCCCUAUGGAAUCCGCGAGUCUACCAGGAAGAUUGGGGGUUCCAAGGAACUGACAGUAAACGAAGAGCAGGAAGCACAACACAUUCCUCCAACGACAGCCUAUCACCUGUCGGACAUCUUCACAGAUCUCCUGAAUUUCUCAGCCCGAUUUCUGCGAUUACAUGGCAGGCUUGUCUAUUGGCUCCCAGUGUGUCGAGCAGAAUACACUGAAGAUCAGAUACCUCAUCACCCCUGCCUGUCUCUAGUGGCUAAUAGUGAACAACCUCUGAGCACUACGAUAGGCAGACGACUCGUCACCAUGGAGAAGACGCGACAUAUGGAGGGUCUAGAGGGUGAUUCUCCUAGGGCUGAAAUCAGGGACGACUGUUACCGAGACCACAAUGCUAUCAGGGAAAAGGUGUUUGGACAGAAUGCUAAGGACUUGAAGAUGAAAGUAAUGAGUAAGACCGAAUCAAGGUGACCAAUCAGAGUGGGAGGACAGUUGGAUGCAGGAUACCAGCAGCAGUCAAUCAGUAAUAUGUGAGAAUUAUGCAGUGACCAGUGACAACAGUGACCAUCACACACGGGACAAUAGGCGCCAUUUGUGGGGACCCAAUUUCAGUCAUAUUCCCCAACGAAGUCUAUUUAUUUGAAAACAUUAAAUUCAAAGAACCAGACCAUAUUUUACGAUUUCAUUCCGACCUCCAAAAUCACCUAGUACCAUCUUAUUGAGGGUUUCAAAUUUAUACUAUACAUUCAGGAAACCAUG